GCUUUAUGUUGGUGAGUGAGAGGGCGGUGUAAAGUGCAGACUUCAGACCGGUUUCUAGUCGAUAUCGAAGAGGACGCCGGGGUAGUGAACCCCUCAUAUUUGUUUGAUAAAGAAGAACACCGGAUUGUCACAUUAACUAACCGGGACGACGAAUUGAUACACUGACCGGAUACAAGAGAAAGAACUUCAAAGAACGGAAGCGGGGACAUUUUGUACAACUUUGAGCUGUCAGUUGCGGUAAGGCAGGUCGGGGGCGAAGACUUCCAGCCGAGGGGAACCCCAAGCGGCCCGGUUCCACAUCAGCGACCAAAUUCUGGGAGCGGGGAGCCGCGUAGCCGGGGAGCGGCGUGUCGGCCAUCGGAUCUAUAGUCAGGUUUUAACCGGCGCAGGGAGAAGUAAUCACUGGGUGCCGGGUCAUCCGGACAGAUACCUCAUGAAUGGAAAUCGGAACAACAGGAGCCGCUGAAGCCCAAGCCCAAGCCCUUUUUUCGUUGCCACGGCGACCUGGCUAUGGCACCAUUGGGAAGCCCAUCAAGCUUCUGGCCAAUUGCUUCCAGGUGGAAAUACCCAAGAUCGACGUCUAUCUGUAUGAGGUGGACAUCAAGCCUGAAAAAUGUCCUCGCCGGGUCAACAGGGAGGUGGUGGACUCCAUGGUUCAGCAUUUCAAGGUGACCAUCUUUGGCGACGUUCUGCCAGUCUACGAUGGGAAGAGAAGCCUCUACACUGCUAACCCACUUCCUGUCGCCACUGGUGGGGUCGAUCUGGAUGUCACCCUGCCAGGUGACGGUGGGAAGGACCGCCCGUUUAAAGUCACCAUUAAGUUUGUGUCGCUGGUCAGCUGGCACAUGCUGCACGAAGUCUUGACGGGGCGCGCUGUGUCCGAGCCGGUGGACCUGGAUAAACCGAUCAGCACCAAUCCUGUUCACGCCGUGGACGUCGUCCUUCGACACCUGCCCUCCAUGAAGUACACGCCUGUCGGACGAUCGUUCUUCUCCUCCCCAGAGGGCUACGACCACCCACUAGGUGGAGGAAGAGAGGUUUGGUUUGGCUUCCAUCAGUCAGUACGGCCAGCCAUGUGGAAAAUGAUGCUCAACAUUGAUGUGUCCGCCACAGCUUUUUAUAAAGCCCAGCCAGUCAUCCAGUUCAUGUGUGAGGUCCUGGACAUUCACAACAUUGACGAGCAGCCCCGCCCUCUCCCUGACUCCCACAGGGUCAAGUUCACCAAAGAGAUCAAAGGUCUUAAAGUGGAAGUGACACACUGUGGAACCAUGCGUAGGAAGUACAGAGUCUGCAAUGUAACACGACGCCCUGCCAGCCUCCAGACUUUUCCGUUGCAACUUGAGAGUGGUCAGACAGUUGAACGCACAGUGGCGCAGUACUUCAGAGAGAAGUACAACCUGCAGCUGAAGUACCCCCACCUACCUUGUCUGCAGGUGGGCCAGGAACAGAAACACACCUACCUGCCCCUGGAGGUGUGCAACAUUGUAGCUGGACAGCGCUGCAUUAAAAAACUAACAGAUAACCAGACGUCGACCAUGAUCAAAGCAACAGCCCGCUCUGCACCAGACAGACAGGAGGAGAUCAGCAGGCUGGUGAGGAGUGCAAAUUACGAGGCCGACCCAUUCGUCCAGGAGUUCCAGUUCCGCGUGCGAGAUGAGAUGGCUCAGGUGACGGGCCGCGUCCUGCCGGCCCCCAUGCUGCAAUAUGGCGGCAGGGUGAGCUCUGAACCAUUUAUGCCCCAGCAGAUCAACCCUGCACUGUCGUUGCAGAACCGCACGGUGGCCACACCCAGCCACGGGGUGUGGGACAUGAGGGGGAAGCAGUUUCACACCGGAGUGGAGAUUAAGAUGUGGGCCAUCGCCUGCUUCGCCACCCAGAGGCAGUGCCGAGAAGAGAUCCUCAAGAGCUUCACUGACCAGCUGCGUAAAAUCUCAAAGGAUGCUGGGAUGCCAAUCCAAGGGCAGCCAUGUUUCUGUAAAUACGCCCAGGGAGCUGACAGCGUGGAGCCCAUGUUCAGACACCUGAAGAACACCUACGGAGGGCUGCAGCUCAUCAUCGUAAUCCUGCCUGGGAAAACACCUGUCUAUGCUGAGGUGAAGCGGGUGGGUGACACCCUUCUUGGCAUGGCCACUCAGUGUGUGCAGGUGAAGAACGUAGUGAAGACGUCCCCUCAGACCCUCUCAAACCUCUGCCUCAAGAUCAACGUCAAACUGGGAGGAAUCAACAACAUCCUGGUUCCACACCAACGACCCUCUGUGUUCCAGCAGCCUGUCAUCUUCCUCGGGGCCGAUGUCACUCAUCCUCCAGCAGGAGACGGGAAAAAGCCAUCUAUUGCAGCGGUGGUGGGCAGCAUGGACGCCCACCCCAGCAGGUACUGUGCUACAGUGCGCGUCCAGAGGCCCAGACAGGAGGUCAUCCAGGACUUGGCCUCCAUGGUGCGAGAGCUCUUGAUCCAGUUCUACAAAUCGACCCGCUACAAGCCAACAAGGAUCAUCUUCUACAGGGAUGGAGUGUCAGAGGGACAGUUCAGACAAGUGCUGUACUAUGAGCUGCUGGCUAUCAGGGAGGCUUGCAUCAGUCUCGAGAAGGAUUACCAGCCAGGGAUUACUUACAUUGUAGUACAGAAACGCCAUCACACGCGCCUCUUCUGUGCAGAUCGCAACGAGCGGGUUGGAAGAAGUGGAAACAUUCCUGCUGGCACCACAGUGGACACAGACAUCACCCACCCCUACGAGUUUGACUUUUACCUCUGCAGUCAUGCUGGAAUACAGGGUACAAGCCGGCCUUCCCACUACCACGUUCUGUGGGACGACAACUGUUUCACCGGCGAUGAGUUCCAGCUCCUCACCUACCAGCUGUGCCACACCUAUGUCCGCUGCACGCGCUCUGUCUCCAUCCCUGCACCGGCUUACUACGCCCACUUGGUGGCCUUCCGCGCCCGCUACCACCUGGUUGACAAAGAGCAUGACAGUGCGGAGGGCAGUCACGUCUCAGGGCAGAGUAACGGCAGGGACCCCCAGGCGCUGGCCAAGGCUGUUCAGAUCCACCACGACACACUGAGGACCAUGUAUUUCGCCUGAAUGCCCCCUCCACUUCCCUCCAUCUUUCCCGGCCUCUCAGCCAGUCUCAGUGUCCGACAUCCAUCGUCGCCUCGUCUCAUCACGCAGAGCGACCCCCGGGCUGGUGAAGCUUCGGUCACUGGAACUCGGUGACAACGGCUGCGACUGCAGGCUGCGUAAGGAUGUAAUAAGCCAGAGAGGAGUUACAGCCACAUUAUGCAAUUUGAAACCAGCCAAUCAUUUCUGUACUCCCGCCCGUGCAUCUCUUUCUCACCUACAUCUCCUCUGCUGUAUUUAAAUUACAAUGGAUUUUAUCUCCUAAAGCUCGCAAGUCAUGUCCUCGCCUUCCAGUUUUGACAGCAGCUCAAAGUUUUUAUUUUGCUGUUAUUUCCCCCUGUGUGUUUUAAAGAAUGACGGAGCAGCAGGGAAUACAAAAACUGAUGCUUUUUUUGGUGCAUGGGUGGGCAUGACGCAGGACCAGUGAGGACCUGACUUGCUCCGUAGCCUCAUGUUGAGCCUAAUGUUGCUGGUUUAUGUUGUAGAUGGUUUUUACAUGUUUGUUUGUGGGUUUUCAACUUGUCAAUACAAUGUGUUAUUUCUCUGUUGAGCAAAUGUGUGAUUGCCAUGGCAACACGUUAGUCGAGUACGCUCGUAAACAGCAGGCUGCCUUAGCGGUUACUCUUCUGUCUCCCUUUAAGCCAAUGGUUCCUCAUGGUCAUUUAGCCAGACAGUAAGAAACGUAACUCGGCACUCUACCAACCACAGACACUGAAUGAAAUCUUUUUUUUUUUUUUUUUUUUUUUUUUUUUUUUUUAAACAAAGCCACGUACAGUCAUCAAUGAGGUAUUGUGUAUCGCUUGAUGCCUUACUGCGUGGCGAGGUGCAUAAAGAGGACUGCUAGAAUACAAUGCCAUGGCCAGGAAAUGGACAAUUUUAAACUUCUCUCAGUCAUAGUUCAGCUUGGUACAAAGUGUUAUACCAAACGUUUCUUGUGUGUUUUAUUCCUCUUGCUAUUUAUGAGUUGUUGUUUUCUCUUUAACUUAAAUUAAUAUUUGCUUUCAGCAAUAGAGCAGAGUAGACCGUUUAUAUCUUCUGACGACCACAAACCUUUUGACUUUUCCCAGUUUUUACACGAGGAACUGACCAAUUUAGUUGUCAAAAACUCCUUCAGUGCAAUAAGGUGUUAAUACAGAGCGAGCAGGUUCAGUGGUGAAUGUUUCCAAUGAGCAUUGGUGUGCUAAAAUUGUUUGAGUGAGUUUUGGCAAGUGACAAUGAACUUGGAUUCAGGAAUGUAUUUGAAGUAUUUAACAUUCUUAUGAACAAGUAGGACUGAUGCCGCAGAUGUGUGGAUGAGUCGUGAGAUCUGAUGGUGUUUGGAGAGAUCAAACAAAGUGCCUGAUUUGGUUAGAGAGUGAACUGUUGGUUGGAUGGAAGGUUUUUAAUCGUAUGUUGGUUUGGGUGCCUCUGUUGCAUUUAGUGAAACAGUCCCAGAAUCCCAGUGAACUGUAAAAGUACUGCACUGCCCGACACAUGGGGCUGGACUGUAGUUGAUCUCAACGCAAUGCCAAGUUUGUGUGAUUAUUCAUCAUCAUUCAAUGUUUUGUUUUCUCGAGAUCAGGAAAUAAUUACUUUCGCAUCGACUUAACACGCUUCGUGCCCUUGUGAUCGCAAAAUAUCACGCAUUUAUGGGAGAUCAUACAAAAGUUUCACCAUAACACAAAAAACAAAGCUUACAUUGCUUAUGAAAUAUGACAAACUGUAGUUUUCUGCAAUUUUUUCCCAGCUUUGUUUUUUUUCAUGAUGAUAGUGUCAUGAUUUAAAAAAAAAAAAAAAAGCUUGAAGUUGUCAGUGAGAAAACAAAAAUAUAAAUAAUCACACUCAUUGCUUCUCUGGCCUUCCUUAAGAUGCAGUUAUAAAUGUGAAUUUCUGAGCAGGUGUUACAUGCGGCCAGGUGAAGGCAGAAACUUGUCUACUUGGAUGUGUGUCCUCACUUGGUGCACUGAUAGGACUCACUGUUUGCACUCAUUCAUAUUCAGAUUUCAGUCUUUAUCACCUCGCUUUGUUGCGUUUGCUUUCAGAGGAGGUCUGGGCUGGGCAUCUCCAAAACUGGUUUUCAUCCUGCAGCUAAGGAUUAUUUUAAUCAUCGAUUAAUCUGCCCAUUAUUUCCCAAUUAAUUGUUUUGUUUAUAAAAUGUCUUAUAAUUAUUAUUAUUAUUAUUUAAUAUUUGUUAAAAUUUCUCACAGCCCAAGGAGAUGCAUCAGAUUUCUUAUUUUGUCCGACAGUCUAAAACCCAAAGAUAUUCAGUUUACUAUCAUAUAUGACAAAGAAAAGCAUCAAAUUCUCACAUUUGAGUCGCAUUUUUUGCUUUAAAAAUGACUAAAAAGAUUAAUCGAUUAUCAAUAUGGUUGCAGAUCAUUUUUCUGUCAAUCGACUAAUUGAUUAAUGGACUAAUCUGUAGUUCAGAGAAAGCACUAAAAAGCAACUAUUUACUUUGGAGAAAACUUUUUUCUGCUAUGUUUGGACACACCGGUGGCUCAUCAAUUUCAAAUUACAACCAAAUAAUUAUCAAUAUAAUCACAUAAAAAGACAUCUUCUUGCAAGAAUCCAACAUUUUGAAGUUCAUCAAUAUUUUUUAUGCCUUUUAAUCAACGUUGCCAGAUAUCAGUCACAGUGCUACUUCUUUUCAAUGCCCAGCCCUUGAGGGUGUUGUCUGUCAUGGCCUUGCAGUAUAGUUUAACACAAACGAAGCCUUCAGGUUUCAUCACUUGGACCAAACCAACGUGCCUGGUUGGGGUGAGGGUGGAGGACUUGGGGGGAGGGGUUGCUGUACUGUACGGAUAGCUCUCUACUCUCACAGCCUUACAGCAUCGUGCUGAUGGGCUCUGUACUGCUAACUGUGCUUAGCCACAUGCCACCAGAACCAAACUUACGCUGCUAUAAGAAAACACAUGUAUUAAAUACUUCAUCAGAUACAUAUAGGCUAUAUAUUAAUACAGAAAGACUAAGAGGAUACGGUAUUUUACUGCACUUAGAAAGAUGCAUGUGUUUAUGGUUGAACAGAGACGUGAUGCUGUGAGAUGUGUGUUGUGUCCGGGCAAAGUUUGUGCUGGAUUGGAUAUUCUUCAUGUUUGGAGUCGACCUACAGUUAAAAGCAUUUUCAUUCUAAAAAUAUCAGAAUGGUUUGUCCCCCUCUGUGCUUGUUGUCCUGUUGAAGCUGUUUCUUAAUGUCAGACAUUACCAGCAUUUGAUUUUACUUGAAGAAAAAUUAGUUGUGGGCAUGUUUAACAUUGUUGGCUUGUGCUCUUCUUGUUUUUGAAAGUCUAUUUAGAGCCUUAUUACGGGAAUCCCUUUUACACUCAUAACGCCACGUACAGUAAAUCGACCUCUGGAGCCUGUAGGCAGAGCUUUGUGUCUUACAGCGCUGGACAUCAGAUGCCUUUUUCCUCAAAAAUAAAAGCAUUUUUAAGUCUGAAUUGAGAUAUAUUUAUAUGUAAGGAUACUGAUGUAAUGCACACACCACUUAUUUUUUUCUAACAAAGUCCUAUUUGAAGUAGAAGCAUAAUAGCUAUAUUGAAAUAUGGUGUUUAAUAAUCGUAGUGGUCUGUGAUCAUUUUUCCAAAUUUGAUAAUGCAAUAGGUUUACUUGUGUUACAAGCAAAACUGAUGUGUUUGCUGCAUUGACCUGCUUUGUGGAGACUGUUGAGGGUUGUUUUGUCAUGUAAGUGAUCAGAUGAACCAUCAACCCUCCUCUGCAAAGACCUGUGAAGACCUCCCUCUGCUGUUAUUUUAUCAUCUCAAAAGCUCAUCAAAGAAGUGAAAGACUUUGAAUUUGAUGGGGUUUACGACAUUUAUCAAUGCAUGUGCUGCAAACUGCAUCAGUUUGGUUGUUUGUUUUUUAACUCUUUUUGCAUAUUCAUGAGAGGAGGAGGGUUGAAAGUUCAUCCUCAGACCGAUUUGUCCGUUAACAGACUGUGCCUUUCCUGAUGGUGCUGAAAACAAACAAACAAGUAAAUCAAAGAAAUCUUAACUUUCAGAAAGGGCGCUGAGGCCCGAGUCUACAUUGAUAAGUAUAUAUUGAUACAUGACAAUACUGUAAGGUGUGAUUGUGCGCGUAUAUGUAUUUGUUUGUGUGUGUGUGUGUGUGGAUACCUCUGCCAAGAACACAAAAAUAUGCAGAACUGAUCAGUGUGGAGCUGACAGGACCAAAAGGCCUGUGGGGAUUGGUUUCGUGGACGGGCACUCUCAAGCACAACCCAAAAACUAACAUUUCUGAAAAAUAAAAAAUGGGGGAACACUCAUGACUCCAUAGGUAACGAGUAGCUCAGUGUAGAGAUUAUGUAGCAUUAUUUAUUUAACUUUAUUUCUAUAGGGACAUGAUGCCUCCCUUACUGCCUGUAAACACGUUUAUUUUUCCUCCUUUAGCGUUUAAUUUAUGUGUUCAUUCUUGAAUGGACGGCAAUAAUGAAGAUAUCGUAAAGUUUCUGUGCAAUCAGUUUGUCUGGCCUUCCCUCAGUUUAUGCAUGUCACCACCCUUUUUAUGAUUUUAGUUUUUCUUUUAUCUUCUAAUGUGAAAUUUAGACGUUUACAGACUUGGGAUAGUUCUUUGGUUGAGUUGUAACUCCACGAGUGCCCGUCUCCCAUGUUAAGGGAUUCCCCACAAUAAUAAAUGUUUAAACCUCUGCGGUUGGCUGCAUAUCAUACUCAAAAAGAAAAAUAAUGUUUGGGUUUCACAGUAUAUUAAUGUGCUUUUUUUGUUUUUUGCCUGAUUAUUAAAUGGUGUCACUUUUAAAAGUAAAACUGUAUGUCAAGACUUUUUUUUUUUUGUCUUAACACUCAUCUGACCCGGUCCUACGUUGAGCCUUUUUAUUUGGUUGUCAUAUUUAAUUUUUUUUUUUUUUUUUUGAAUAAAUACUCUAUGUAUGAAACA